AUGAAUUUGGAAGCAUCCGGAGCUCCAUCGACAUCAGUGGAAUUCAUGAAAAUGAAGAGCUCAAAUUCGGAUGCAAAUAUCGCAUACGGUAUGCAGCUAGCAAGUCUUCCAGAAUCCGUGAUUCAUCAAGUUUUCUCACAUUUAAGUCAUCCGGAAUUGCUGCGGGCCCAACGUGUCAACAGACAAUUUUACAGAUUGAUCAAACGAAAUGCCCAUUUAUUAUGUCGACCGGAAGUAGUAGAAAUGGGGAUUAGUAUGUGCGGCUAUGAGAAACGAACGCGACCAUUAGGGCGAUUGCAAACAUCGUUGGUUUUGAAAGCAAGCAGAAGAAGGCGAUUGUUCGUGAAAUUCACCAGGAAAACAUCUUCUGUAGUGAAAUGCCGGGAACUAUUCAAAGAUGAGGAUUACACUGGUGAUCGCAACGAUUUAUCAGAAAAUUUGCUGAGUUAUCUGGAUCAACAAUUCAAGAAAACAAGCAUCCAUGGUAUACUUUCGUUCUCAGGCAUUGCCAUCACUGCUGAUCUAUAUAAGAGUGUCUUUCUGAAGCAGCAGCUUAUAAGAAUCCUGUUUUAUAAAUUUAAAAUACCUUCAAAUACUGUGCUAGAUUUGACCACAGCAAAACCGGCCUUGAGCAAUGCUACACGCUUAGUUUUCACACUAUGUCGUUUUCGGUUACCAUCAGAGUAUUUGUGUGAGUUGCUGAUACGUACACAUUGUCAACGAUUGACCAUCGAACUUUCUCAUUUCGAACAAUGUCUUCUCGAUGAUUUGGUUUUGGAAGCAAUGCCGGAGUGUCAGGAAUUGAUUCUGAGCAGUGCAACUCCAGUAUAUUUUUCCCGAUUUACUGAUAGCUCAUUGCAUCGAUGGGCUGUUCAGGAGGAAUUACCCAAAAAGAUCCUUCUUCGCAAUAUCCGGGCUAAUUUCACAUUUGAUGGAGUUAUAACUUUGGUUAAUGCAUUACAAAUUCGACAUCCUGAAUUAUUUUCCAGUAUAAUUCAACCCACGGUACCUAUUGUUUGCCGGAAAAAGACAGUAUAUGACUGGGAUUUCGGCUGUAUAGCGCUGCUGGAACAAAAUCAAGGCAGCAGUAUUGUUGAACUGUUGAGUACCCCAGCACCACAAACUGUCAGGUUUCAAUUAGGCUUCAAGUUGUUAUUUCUUCUCAAAAAGAUUUAUAAACUCCGGGAUGGAUGA